AUGUACAAUCAUUACCAUACGUUCGAGGGCCGCAAGCUCACGGAGCAAGAGCGUGCUAGGGUGCUCGAGUUCCAGGAAUCCAUCCACUACUCGCCGAGAUACAGCGACGAUACGCACGAAUACAGACAUGUCAUGCUGCCUAAGGCCAUGCUGAAGGUGAUACCCUCGGACUAUUUCAACUCUGAAGUGGGUACUCUGCGUAUCCUCACAGAGGAUGAGUGGAGAGGUCUUGGGAUAACACAGUCCUUGGGGUGGGAGCACUACGAGUGCCAUGCACCUGAACCACAUAUCCUGCUGUUCAAGAGACCACUGAACUAUGAGGCAGAAUACAGAGCCGCCGCUGCAGCAGCUGCGGCUAGCCAACAACAUCAACAGGAUAAAGAGUAA